AUGUCUGUUGUGACGCUUCUCGGAGUGGAUGUCUUGAACAAUCCCGCCAAAUUCACCGAUAAAUAUGAAUUUGAGAUUACCUUUGAGUGCCUCGAGCCCCUCGAGAAAGAUCUCGAAUGGAAAUUAACCUAUGUCGGUUCUGCUACCUCUGACCAGUACGACCAAGAACUCGACUCGCUCCUCGUCGGCCCUAUCCCUGUCGGCGUGAGCAAGUUUCCCUUCGAGGCGGACCCCCCCGAUACUAAGCGUAUUCCCGAUUCCGACAUCCUCGGUGUUACCGUGAUUCUCCUUACCUGCGCCUACGACGGCCGCGAGUUCGUCCGAGUUGGCUACUAUGUCAACAACGAAUACGACUCGGAGGAGUUGAGCGCUGACCCUCCCGCGAAGCCCAUCAUCGAGCGGGUUCGUCGCAACAUCCUAGCCGAGAAGCCUAGGGUGACGCGAUUCGCCAUCAAGUGGGAUUCCGAAGCCUCUGCUCCCGCUGAGUUCCCUCCUGAACAACCCGAGGCUGAUCUUGUCGCCGACGAGGAGGAAUACGGCGCCGAGGAAGCAGAUGAGGAUGAGGCAGAAGUCGAAGCCAACGGUGAAGACGCCGGCGGCGACUCUAAUAUGGCCGAUGCCGAUAACGAGGCCGAAGCCGAGGUUAAGGAUGACGAGGACGAGCUGUCGGACGACGGCAGUGUCGACAUCGAGGGCGAGAGUGACGAGGAUGAGGAGGGCGAGGAAGAGGAGGGCGAAGGAGACGCCAUGGACGAGGACGCCAUGGAGGUGGAUGACGGCGGGAAGGCGAACGGCGCGAAGACUGCUGAAGUCGUCAUGUCGCACUAG